UAGACUGGUCUCUAGUUUCAGCUCUCGUUGACAGAUGGAGACCUGAGACACACACGUUCCACCUCCCUUGUGGGGAGAUGGCACCGACCCUGCAGGACGUUGCGAUGCUGCUUGGUCUUCCUAUCACCGGAGAUGCUGUCGGGCCCCGCGUGGUACCUUCUACGUGGCUGGAGGAUCUUGAGGAAUGUUUUGCAGGUGUUGCCACCACGAUUGAUCCUGAAGAUUUCAAUGAGCACCCACAGUCGAAAGGCCCUUCCAAGUCAUGGCUCCUACAGUUUCAGCCGGAUCUGUUGGCAGCCCAUGCUGAUGACUACAGCGUGACUAGAUCACUCGAGGCAUACCUGCUGUGGUUAUUUGGGUACAUCAUGUUCAACAACUCACACGGGCACUGUGUGGAUAGGGUGCUUCUGCCAUACGCAUAG